AUGCCCGGGGUGUCUAAUGCUGAUCUUCUGGCCCUGAGCCCUCUCGAUCACAUCCCUGCCAAGCUCUUUCUGCCGUUCAUCUUGUACUUCGAUACACCCGACCCACAGACUGCGCUAUUGACCCUCAAGGGCGGCAUCCACAAGCUCGUUUCGCAACUGCCUUGGCUGGCGGGCGAUGUGGUCUUUCACCCAGCACCCGAUGGGCCGAAGGUCUCCAUGCUCCAGGUGAAGCACUUCGCCCACGACAAGGAAUCACGAUCGUACCCCGUGCAAGCGUACCUGGCCCUCCCCACGUUCAUCCCCGCCUCGGAGCAGCGACCCGUGCUCCGCUGCCAGGCCAAUGUGUUUCCCAGCAAGCUCGUGCUGGCCAUGUCGUUCUGGCACAACGUCUUCGACGGCACGGGGGCCGGCGUGAUCCUCGAGGCCCUAGCCGAGUGCUGCCGGGCCCGCGCGGAGCAGACAGACACCCCUCUCGCCCAGACCAUCGCGACGACGCACAUCCCUCUCCGCAACCACGUCUCCAGCUUCCCAGCGCAGUGCAAGACCCGUCUCGACCACACCAGCAGUGGGAACGCGAUGGAGUCCGCGCUGGCCUUCGUGGUCGAAACCAACCGGUACACCUUCGACCCACACAAGGUCGCGCAGCUGAAAGACCUCUGCACACAGCAGCUUCUGGCGCGGGCCCCUACAUAUGCAAGCUGGAUCUCCAGCAACGACGUCAUCACCGCGACGCUGGCCCUCUGCGUCGACCGCGUGCUUCCUCCCGAGCGAACGGCCAACAGCCCCGCCAGCGAAUCAGCAGACUUCCUCAUGGCCGUCAACCUGCGCAACCGCACAUACGUGGGGAACAUAAUCUUCCCCAUCCACGACACAAUCGAGCCACCAAAACCACUCCCCUCAGCCGAGGGUCACCCCACGACAGACGAGGAAAAGGAUCUCCACCACCUCGCGCAGCUAGCUCUAAGAGUGCGCACCCGGCUGUCCGCGAUGGACGAGACGGUGGCGUACAGCGCCUCAGCCGUCGUGGCCGACCACGCCGACUGGACGACGGUCGAGGGCCAACCCGCGGGGAUUAUUGUGACGAGCGGGCGGGAUCUGCGCGCGUAUUCCCUGGACUUCGGGGCGGGAAUGGGGUCGAUUGCGGGUUUCGAGCCGGGGUUGGCUCUGGUGCCUGGGGGGUGUAUCUUUUUCCCGGCGCGGACGGCGAGCAUGGUCGAUGGCGGCCGUGCGACUGCGCCGUGGGAGGUGUGCGUUACCUUGAGAACGGGGGAUUCGGAGAUAUUGCUGCAGGAUCCGUUGUUCAGGAGGAUUCUUGCAUGAGGGGGGCAGAAGUUGGAUACUUGCGCUAGGAUGCAGUGGCUAGUUCCUUCAGUAUUAGGUUAC